GGCAGCGCUGGCCCUAGCGGUGAUCAUUGAGCUCCCGGGAGACUUCAUGGAGAGGGAAUGAGAUGAAAUAGGACUUCAGACCGGAUCAUGGCGGCGCCUCUCAGGCGGGACACCCUACCUGAACACUGGUCUUACGGUGUCUGCGGGGACGGCAGGGUUUUCUUCAUCAACGAUGAAACGCGGACUACUACCUGGCUCCAUCCCCGCUCCGGUGAACCUGUAAACUCCGGACACAUGAUCCGUUCAGACCUACCUCGGGGAUGGGAGGAAGGUUUUACGGACGAAGGCGCCAGUUACUUCAUAAAUCAUAACCAGAGGACCACGACGUUUUGCCAUCCUGUGACCGGACAGAUUUCUCAGGAGAACAUGGAUUUUAUCCUACAAGAACAGCCGCAGGGUGCUCGCAUGGUGUCCAAAAACACGGGUGAGCAGUUCUCCAGCACCACCGUCAGCGAGGCCUCCACUGCCAUCACCUCCUCCACUGUGGACACCACCCCAGCCUCCAAGGGCUCCCGGUCCAGUGGCAAGGUGCACAGCUUUGGGAAGAGAGAGCAGGCCAUUAAAAGGAAUCCCAAUGUCCCUGCGGUGGUCCGAGGAUGGCUGUACAAACAGGACAGUUCUGGGAUGCGUCUUUGGAAGAGGAAGUGGUUCGUCUUGGCUGAUUUCUGUCUGUUCUACUACAAAGACAGCAGAGAGGAAUCGGUCCUAGGCAGUAUUCCUUUGCCCAGUUAUAUCAUUUCACCUGUGGGACCUGAGGACCACAUCAGCCGCAAGUAUGCCUUUAAGGCUAGCCACACUGGUAUGCGCUCGUACAUUUACAUGCAGAGCUCUGUGAUUGGCUCGCAGGCGGAACACACUGGGAUGCGGACGUAUUACUUCAGCGCUGACACCCAGGAGGACAUGAACACCUGGCUGAGGGCCAUGAACCAGGCUACACUGAUGCAGAACCACGCCGACAGACUCAUCAGACCAUCUGACAAGUUAGAGAAGUUGAACUUGUUUCAGCAGCAUGCUGUCCCGCAGACAAACCACCUAAACCAUCAUAAGACCAAGACCCCAGACUCUGAGACCACAAGACCCAUCAUCCACGAAGUUCUCCUGGAGCCCAUACACCACGACUCAGACGAACACUGCAGCUUCCACAAAGAAUCUCCUGCCACCACCUUGUUGAAGCACCCCAUAGGAAGUACAGCCCUGGAGAUGGACACACACACUUCUCUCCCCUCCAACCCUGCACCCUCUGUAAUCCCACAGCCAGACCACAUGUCUGCCUCAGCACCCGUGUCCAGGGUUCCAUCCCGGGCACCAUCACGGGCUGCCUCGACACUGCCAUCCAGUGUUUGCACGAGGAAUGGCCUCGUCUCUACGCCUAGCCCCAUCCUGGAGCCCAAUGGGAUUGCGGCUGGGACAUACCAGAGGGCCCCAGCUCCGCCCUCUGCUGACACUCACAAACAGGUGCAGAGGAGAAGUGCUCUGGAGCAAGUGGAGCAGUGGGUCCAAGUGCAGAAGGCUGAGCAAAAAGGCCCCCCAUCCAGAGACAACACCCUCCCUCGUCGCACACCACCAACCCAGCACAAGUUCACCUCUAUUGACGCAUACCAGACCCUGCCAAAGACUCCUCGCCAGAGCCCCUUGCCCGCGCGACUUGGUGAGUACAAGUAUGCCCAGGACCGUCUCAGCCACUUCCGCCUCACCCCUGAGCAGGCUGGCCCAGGGUCAAACACCGUCUGGCAGCUAUACGAGUGGCAGCAGCGCCACCAGUUCCGUCACGGCAGCCCCACAGCACCACUCUACACUCCGGCCCCAGAGUACCCAUUUGGUCCACGCCCUCCAUCCACUGUGCCUCCCUCCUCCUCAGCAUCUAGAUCCGAACGACCGGCCCGGUGUGUGUCGGUACCACCUUCAUCUGCAGACAUCCCUCCACCAGGGCCUCCACCCGGCACCAGCCGAACCCUGUCGCCCACACGCAGGCCGCACACGCCGGCUGAACGGGUGACAGUCAGGCCCGUGGGUGAUAGAUCAGUGGUGGACAUACCCUUUGCUGUUUCCCCCCGCAGGACCAAAUCUCAGCUGCUCAAGGCCACUACUCUCGAGAGACGGUCAAUGCCUCCAUCUGGCUACAUCACACACACAGUCAGUGCACCUAGCCUUCAUGGCAAAACGGUUGAUGACACAUAUAUGCAGCUGAAGAAAGACUUGGAGUAUCUGGACCUAAAGGUAGCUGGAAGUCAGAUGCUGAAGGAGUCAGGGAAACCUGUCAAGGUUGCAGAAAGUGACGUGGAUGUGAAGUUAAGUCAGUUAUGUGAGCAGGACAACAUCCUCAAGGAUCUGGAGGCAAGGAUCAGCUCCCUGAAGGAGGACAAGGACAAGCUGGAGAGUGUACUAGAUCUGUCCCACCAGCAGAUGGAGCAGUACCAGGAUCAGCCGGCCCACGCCCACAAGAUCACCUAUCAGCAGAGACUGCUGCAGGAAGAUCUGGUCACCAUCAGGGCCCAAAUAUCACGCCUCUCCACGGAGAUGGCACAGGCCUGGGGGGAGUACAGCAGGCUGGAGAGAUCAGUGGAGCAGCUGAGGACGGCGCUGCAGGCACACAUGAACCACAGCGCCACCCUUCAGCCAGAGAAAGCUGAGAUGAAGCGAGAGCUGUGGAGGAUUGAGGACGUCAUGGCGGGGCUGAGUGCCAGCAAAGCCAACUACAAGAUCACCAUUGACUCUGUCCAGAAUCCAGAGAGGAAAUUAGUGCCUUCGGUGUCAGACCUGGCAGUGCCUUCUCAAAGCACAGAGGUCCAGCCUCCUCCUCGCAGCUCCAUCCCAAGCAUCUUCUCCCACACUUUGCCUCACAGCAUGCCAAAGUGGGCAGAGGACACCGCCCCGCCCAGGCCACCACUUCCUCGCCUCUAUGACUACGAGGAGACACCCCCUGUGGUGCCGCCUCUCCCCAAAGAGGCCUCAGUCAUCCGCCACACAUCGGUGCGUGGGCUGAAACGGCAAUCAGAUGAGAGGAAGAGGGACAGGGAGAGCGGCCAGUAUGUUGUCAAUGGAGACUGUAAGACUGACUUGCGGUCAUACCUGAGUGAACCAGAGCUGCCAGGAGUUAGCUACCACAGCACCGGGUCUGACGUUGACUACCAUUAUUUCCAGAGCAAAGGUCUGCCAGGCUCCUUAUCUCGACAGAACCAGUCCAACUCUAUCUCCUCCUACGUCACCCUAAGGAGAGGCCCCGGGAUCUCUGCAGCCAGGGAGAGACCUAAGAGUGCCUUGGAGCGUUUGUCAUCGCCUACAGAAGCCCUGCAGCUCCAAAACAGCCAGUCUCGAGGGCGCAUGACUGCAGAGGAGCAGCUGGAGCGGAUGAAGCGCCACCAGAAGGCACUUGUUCGUGAGCGCAAGAGGAACCUCAGCCAGGGCGAGCGCUCCUCCAUGGGCAUGUCCACCUCCACUGUCACCACCCAGCGCUCUGCCUCCUCCUCCAGGCUGCCCUCUAGCACCUCCGAUCCUUCGGUCUCCGUGUUUGACUGGCAGGAGGAGCGACUUGGGGCAGAGGGGCAAAGCGACGAAGGCUGGAAUCAAGUGAAAGAGAGAGGGAGGAUUCAAUCAAAUGAGUGGGUGACAGCAACGGCCACACACGUACGAGAGGUGGAUGUGGAGCCCUUCGAUUAUGACCUGGAUAUCAGCAGAGAGCUGUCCAAACCACAGAAAGUUCCCAUCCCAGAGCGCUACAUAGAGUCAGACUCUGAGGAGCCACUGAAUCCAAAGGAGUUGGAAGAACGCUCUCGCCGGGCUGAACGCAUCAAGAACCUCCUGGCCAAAUCCAGUGUUCAGAACAUCCAUCCGUCUGCAUCACUGGACUUCAGUGAGCUGGACUCAGCUUUACAGCAGCAGGAGAGGAUCAUGAGUGUGUCCCAUGCUCUGGCCUCUGAGGCCUCACGCAAGAGCAAACUGGUCGCAGAGACUGAGUGGCUGGAGAAUCGGUGAACAUGUAUGGUUCAGCCAAAGCUGCUGCAGAACACUGACCCAUAAGAACGACCAACACAACAAAACAGAAGAGAUUAUUUGAGAGCUUUAGUUGAGUUAGUAGAGAUUAGUUGUGGGUUUUAUCAGUUUUCAACAGUUGCCAACUAAUUGAUUCACUUGUAAUAAAUCUCUUAUUUAUGAGUGAGAACAAGAUACUUGUUUUUUUUUAAAGAGUUUUAAUUCAUAGUUUUGAAAUAGAAUCAAGUUUUCUUGCUUCACCACUUACAUUGCACAAUUAAGUAAGAAUACUUUAACAUGAGUGAAUGCUUGUUUUUUAUUAUCUGCAAUUACCUGUUUUACAGUUUGGCUUGUAUUUUAGUGAAUAAAAUAAGAGCAAAAUGAAAGCCAGUGCCAACAUGCUUAGAUUAGAGUAUGAAUAUUUUGACAUGAAUCGUUUAUUUAUUACAUUUGGCUUGACAUGCUUGUUCAACUUCUACUGUACAGUUUCUCAAACUGUUGCCCAAUGAUGACGGUCCUGCCAUUCAACUCAAAUGCAUUACAAUUUAACAUGAAAAGCAAUUAACAUGAAAAAAAUUAAGUCCUUACAGAAAAUAAAUAUUAGAAAUUA